AUGGUACGAAAAUUACCACGUGACAUUAUUCAGGCGUAUGAUAAGGUGAUUACCGAUCAGCUGAAUAAAGGUUACAUAGAGAAAGUUGUACCGGACAAUAACAAUACAGGUCACUAUCUACCGCAAAGGGAAAUAAAACGAGAAAGUUCUGCCUCCACCCCAAUUCGUGUCGUCUAUGAUUGCAGUGCUAAAUCUGGUCCAAGCCCGUUCAUAUUAAACGCGGCCAUCAAAACACUCAUCGACAAUAACACUGACGUACCAGCCGCGAAUGAUCUUCAACAGAACAUUUACGUAGACGAUGUCGUAACCGGGAGCACAAACACGAGUGAAGCCAUCCAAUACUAUCACGAUGCGACACUGUUAUUGGCUACACGCGGGUUCAACUUAAGAAGUUGGAGUUCUGAUGACGCUGCUAUACGCGAACUCGCCGCCCAUCAUGGACGGGGAAAAUCUGAUAACCCCGUGACAGUUCUCGGUAUGAAAUGGGACACAAAUCGCGACAUACUACAAUGUAAGCAAAUCGAGUUGCCUAGUAACGACCCACUGAUUACCAAACGUGACAUUGUUAGUUACACCGCUAAUUUGUAUGACCCAUUGGGUUUGUUGACGCCCGCGCAUAUCGCCGCUAAACGAUUAAUACAAACGUUAUGGAAACAGAAUCAACACUGGGACACUCCUAUCUCUGAUAAGUUACGCAACGAUUGGGAAGUAAUCGCCGAAAACCUCCACUCCGCCUCCAAGAUAAACGUGAGAAGACGCUAUUUCAAUGAAACGGACAAUACUGUCAACAACGAAGUUGAAAUACAUGCGUUCGCGGAUGCGUCUGACAAAGCAUACGGUGGAGUUGUAUACGUAAAAUCAGGAAAUGAAACUUCGCUCGCCAUGUCUAAGACACGCGUAACUCCAGUAAAUAACCAGACAUUGACCUUACCAAGGUUAGAAUUGAUGGGAGCCGUAAUUGCUACGCGGUUGAGCAAAUUUGUAUCUACAGCACUGUCUACAAAAUAUAAUGUUGCAAAACAGUUUCUCUGGUCGGACUCACAGAUCGUUUUGCACUGGUUAAAUGCACGCGGAAAACAGGACACUUUCAAUGCAAAUCGCGUAAGUGAAAUCGUCAGUUUACCACAAGAGUUUAAGUACGUGCCGACCAAAUGCAAUCCAGCACACCUGCUUACUCGCGGUAUCACCUCCAAGGAAUUACGCGAUUCUGAAUUGUGGUGGAAAGGUCCUCCGUGGCUGGGAAAUCGUGAUUCUUGGCCAACAUGCGAGUUGUUUGACAAGCCAAACAUAUCUGUCAAUCACGUAGCAUUGACGCCAACUGGGGACAUCGAUUUCGCGCCGCUAGUUCAUCAGGAUAUCCCCGCUACCUAUGUCAACAAAGAAUCAAUGACGUCAUCAUUAGAUAGAAGCCCCGCAGUGACGUCACAGACCCGGGAAAGCCUUACCCGUGAGAAUACUCCAUCGGUACCAGUCGGCAGUCACAAUGCAUCGCGCACCGUAAACACUAAGGAAGUACCUGUUGGAUUACAAUAUGUGAUCAAUCUGGAUGAUUACAAUAACAAUUACAACAAACUUUUGCAAAUUACUGCUUAUGUGUGGAGAUUCGUACAACUACUGAAAUCGAAAGAGAAGUGCACCCAAGAUAAACCCAGUGCCACGGAAUUAAAUAAUGCAGAAAUACACUGGAUUACUGACAUUCAACAUGAACACUUUGCUGAUAUAUUCGCGUCUACCAACAAUGACAAUAAGAAAUACGGUCAUCUUAGUAGCCAACUGAAGCUAUUUAUCGCCGAGGAUAAAUUACUACGCCUAGGCGGUCGUCUUCAAUACGCAGAUCUACCUUAUAAUACGAAACACCCGAUAUUGUUACCACGUGAUCAUCAGUUAACCCGACUUAUCGUACGAGCUACACAUGAUCGUAUCAUGCACCGCGGACCCCAGUCUACGGUUAACGCCUUGCGAGAUCGCUAUUGGAUAAAUUCUAUACGCCGCGUUGUGAAUCACGUGCUCCACAAGUGUGUGGUCUGCCGGGAAGUCAGUGGACCAGCUUACGCAAAACCGAUAUCUAUUCCGCUCCCAGAAUGUCGGGUAACCGCGACACCUCCAUUUCGAAUCAGCGGUAUUGAUUAUACUGGCGCCUUAUACGUGAGAAGCGCACCCAACAAAACAGUAACUAAAGCGUAUGCUUGUCUGUUUACUUGCGCGACUACAAGGGCAGUUCACCUUGAACUCGUACCGGACAUGUCUACCCGAUCUUUCUUACUAGCCUUUCGCCGAUUCGCUGCCCGCCGCUCAACUCCAUCAAUGUUAAUAUCGGACAAUGCUACUACAUUUAUUUCCGCAGCUCACGAACUGAGACGACUAAUGAACGACCCCGAAGUUCAAGCAUUGUUAGCGCAUCACCGUACAACGUGGAAGUUUAUCCCGAAACGCGCGCCAUGGGUAGGCGGCUUCUACGAGCGUAUGAUUGGAAUAACCAAAUCAACUUUAAAGAAAGUACUGGGAAAAGCAUGCGUGACGUUUGACGAACUGCAAACUAUAUUAACAGAGGUAGAAUCUGUCAUAAAUGACCGCCCGUUGACGCACAUCGCUAGCCACGCAGACGACUUGGUACCACUUACCCCAUCUCACCUUAUGAUCGGGAGAAAUGUAUACAGUCUACCGUAUGACGCGUCAAACCACCUGAGUGAUCCUAUCUCUCUAACUCAUCAUAAUGUAAAUCUUCGCUUUGAACAUUUGGCAAAACUACAACGCCAAUUUGGGAAAAGGUGGUCAGCCGAGUAUCUCACCGCGCUCCGAGAAGCGCCACACUCUCACCGCCGGAGGUGUGAAAAAUAA